GCAGUCAUCCACAUCGCCCAGACAUCCUCUGUGAGACAGUAAACAGACGGACAAUACUCUUCACAUUAUCUCUCACUGAGACUCAUUAAGAUGUGCUUUGACAAAAGACUAAAUGGAUAAACACAUUUAGAGGGUCCAGGAUAGACUCAAACCACCAUUACAUAAAAGCUCUGAUCUUUGCCGGGCACCAUUACAGUGAGAGUCUCUAUGGAGUCAUUUCAGCUCAAUUGUUGGCUUCAGGAAAGAGCGGAAAAAGUAACCUCCCUGGGAAAAGACUGGCACAAAUUCUGUCUGAAGUGUGAACGCUGUAACAAGACUCUGAAUCCAGGAGGACAUGCAGAGCAUGAUGGGAAGCCAUACUGCCACAAGCCAUGCUAUGCUGCCCUCUAUGGACCAAAAGGUGUGAAUAUCGGCGGAGCUGGAUCAUAUGUCUAUGAAACACCUGUGAGUGAAGACACUGUCCCCGAUGCAAUGGAAACCAAGCCCAAGGCUGAAGAGAAAAAGGCUACUAGGGGCCCAGUGAAGGCUGCAAGCUUCAGUUCGUUUUCUGGUCAGCCGAACAUCUGCCCAAGGUGCAACAAGACAGUGUACUUCGCUGAAAAGGUCAGCUCCCUGGGUAAAGACUGGCACAGGCCCUGUCUGCGCUGUGAGAGGUGCAGCAAGACUCUGGCUCCAGGCAGCCAUGCAGAGCACGAUGGCCAGCCGUACUGCCAUAAACCCUGUUACGCUGUUCUCUUUGGGCCAAAAGGAGUGAACACUGGAGGUGUUGGCAGUUACAUAUAUGAGGACCCAAAUUCUGAGAGCCAGUCCUAAGAACGACAGUCACACCAGCAGUAUAUCAUUAGCAACCGUAGAUUCAAGCUUCUCGUCUGCUUCCUUUAACUUCACUUCCUCUCUUUCUUGAGCCUGCACUGAUCUUGUUCAUCUAUUCUACAGAGUGCCACUUAAUUGUACUAAAAUGAGCUAGUAUUACUACUUACUAACAGGAAUAUGUGUUUAGCCUUUUGCUGUAUUUAUAUAUGGUUUAUAUAUUUUUAAGAAUGUAGUUGGGAUUUUGAUUUUUUUGACUGUGACAUCGAAUUAAAGGUAACACAACAAAAUUCUGUUCAGAAUUAAAUGUUUUUACCAGUAGUUCUAACAUAUGUGUAGUUGUGUAGCACUUUAGCACACUUAUUUAUUAAAGUUUACUGACAGUACAUGUUUUCUGAACUUUGGACUUAAGGUCUGUUUAUGUAUUAAAA